AUGUUGUUGAUCCAAGCCUAUAGCAAAGGCGGCCACAAAAACAUUAACUGCGGAUCGCCGCAUGACGUUCUCUGCCUACCUUCAAACCCCCAUCAACCAUCAACUGCAACAACAUCCGCCCUUCCUAGUCUUCGGCCAUGCCACCAUAAUGACCAAGGUUUACUCUUAUUUCCAGCAAACAUGUCUUGCCAAAAGUGUCGUACUCCUCUAAAGCUAGACGGCUCUCUAGAGUCGCUGAACCCGGCUGCAUUCGAUUUGCUGAUCGGCUCUACAGGUAAAACCCUACCGGACCAUACUAUCGGCACUGCUCGAUUAUCAUACCCACAAGAGCGCCGAGAGCUGUACGAUCGAGUCUCGAAGAAUGCGUCGCCGCCCGCAUAUCGGAGGUCAAUACCAGCGCCCCGGCAGGCCGAGGGCAACCUGGCAACACAGCCACGACUAGGGCGAGGAGACAGUGGCAACAUGUCUUUUGUUAUGCUUACAGAGUCCCAAGUCGGUCCACCGCAGGCCAUUGGAGUUGACAGCUCCUCGUCGAAAGCUAAGCGGGGUCACAAUACCCAGAGUGAUGAACAUGGUCUGGAACAUGGGUCGUUUGCAGACCAGGUCGAGCGCACAAGCCGAUUAUUUGAGGUUAUCUCCUCCCGCUCCGAUAUUGAUCAUCCGAUCUGCACAGAAUGUACCGAGAUGCUAGUCGAAGGCCUUCAACAACGCCUUGUAGACGCCACAAAAGAACGAGAUGCAUACGUAACAUUCCUACGAAACCUGAACUCAUCUGUCCCAACACAGGAGGAGAUCGAGGCAGCCGAAAAGUCCCUAAAAGAAACAUUGGAGGCUGAGAAGGCGGCAUUUGCGGAACUUGUUGCCCUAGAGAAAGAGAAAGCUGGUUUGGAUGACGAAAUCGCGCAGCUGGAGGAAGAGUCUCGUCUUUUGGAUCUCGAAGAGGAAAAGUUCUGGCGCAAUCGAAACGCAUUCUCUUUGGUCCUUGCCGAUUUCCAAAACGAGCGGGACGCGUUAAAUAUGAGAUACGACCAUGAUUCUCGGCAGCUCGAAAGGCUGCAAAGGACCAAUGUCUACAACGACGCAUUCUGUAUCGGCCACGAUGGCUUCUUUGGGACAAUCAAUGGCCUUCGUCUCGGCCGCCUGGCCAAUCCGUCAGUUGAGUGGCCUGAAAUUAAUGCCGCCUGGGGGCUACCGGAUGAAACCCAUGGGUUCCAUGUCAAAAAUCGAUAA